AUUUUGCCUUGUUUUUCCGGCAGGGAGCGCUUUGGGACGAUCCGUUGACCACACCAGAUGGGUUCUGACUGUGCUGAUGAGCUUUUCGUUGCAUUCGAAGGAAUACGUUAGAUGUAAUUACGCGUGGGUGUAAUUAACGAGACAAUUUACCUUACGACAGAGGUCUCCAGCGUAAUUACCUCGUGAACAUAAGGCGAGGUACUAGUAAUAAUUGUUUGUUUCUGUUAUCGCUCUAGACUGGUAAUUUUUCACAAAUAUUUGAACAUCAAUUUAAAAGUGAUUAAGACGUUAUUCUUAAUCCCUGAAUGAACAUUACGGACCAAUUGCUGCAAGAGGUUGCUGGCUUCAUGUGCACGAGGCAUGUCUAAAGAAAGAACUACAACACACAGGAAGAGGAUAUUUCGUCUUCAAUAAAUGAAUAAAACAAAGUGUAAUUAUUGUUUUUUUAAAUUUUUUUCAUUGCAAAUUAGGAAACAUUUGUAUUGUUAGACAUUUUUUUAUUUUCCUUUUAAAUUCUAAACAAAUAUUUUGAUAAAUAAAUAAUUUUAGUUUGGUUUUAUCAUUGAUUUAUUGAUAAAAAAUUAAUAUUGUAUUGUUGGUUGCUUAUAUUAUGUACAAAGUGCGAAUACCCGAUGAACACUUUUUUUUAAAUUACAUAACCUCAAAAUAAAAAGUUUUGUGAUUUUUUCCCAAGGGAUGAAUUAAAGGCAAGAAUUUAAUGACAAAAAGUGCAUUUUUAAUAAAAUGGAAGGUGCUGAGACCCCUCAAGUCAUUGUGCUGUUUGAUGGCUACUCGAAAACUGAAAAAAAUUUCAUGCUAGCUAAUUGCUCUUGUACGUUAAUAAAAGGGCCUCCACAUGUAAUAGUGGACACAAUGACAGCUUGGGAUUGUGAAAAACUAAGAAAAGCUUUGAUUGCAAAUGAUUUAAGCUGUGAAGAUAUUGAUUUUGUGAUUUGUACUCAUGGUCAUUCUGACCAUAUUGGUUGUAAUUAUUUGUUUCCAAAGGCUGUUCACAUUGUGGGUUUUUCCAUUUCACAAGAAGAUAUAUAUUUCAAUCAUGAUUUUAAAUCGGGGAAGGAAAAAGUGAUUAGUGAUAAGGUAACAGUGAUUCCUACUCCAGGACACACAAUGCAGGAUGUCUCUGUGAUUGUUAAAACUUGUAACGGUGUCGUUGCUAUUACUGGUGACUUGUUUGAAAAGGAAGAGGAUUUACAUGAUGACAGCAUUUGGAAAUCUGCUGGGAGUGACAGCGAAGAGUUGCAAAUGAAAAAUAGGAAAAAAAUACUUGAAAUGGCUGAUUUUAUCGUGCCAGGACAUGGGCCCAUGUUUAAAGUUGAUAAAUAAACAAACUCUAUUGUAAA